AUGCCUUCUCAAUUAGAAAUGCCUCCAAAAAGGAAAGCGACCAAAGCAUCAGUUGGUCCAAAAGAGACUGUUGCCCAGAAAAAAGCUCGAGUCAAAGCAGAAAAGGAUGCUGCUGCUGCAGCCGCUGCUCCUAUUCCUGCUCCACCCAAGAAGACUAUAGUAAGCAGAACAAUAGACACAAAAUGGGACUCUAACGUAUGCUCGAAAUGGUUUGACCAGUACCGAGAUGAAGAUGAGGAUGGUGCUAUGGGUCCUGCUGGAAUCGUGAGGCUUUGCGAGGAGUUGGAUGUGUCUCCAGAAUCUGUCAAGGUCCUCGUUCUGGCAAACAAAAUGAAAGCUCGACGAAUGGGCUUCUUUCAAAAGGAUGCAUGGAUGGAUGGAAUGAAAGAACUCGAUUGUGAUAGCGUACCAAAACUCAAAAGGAAGCUAGCAACAUUCGAAAAGGAGCUCGAUGAUCCAACAUUCUUCAAAAGCAUCUACUCUUGGACUUUUGAUUGGGCAAAGGCAACAGAUGGAAUCACACCCCCAAAGUGCUUGGAUGUCGAGAUUGCUACCUCCUUAUGGAAGUUGAUGAUGUCCUCCAGAAGAUUUCAUCACGUCAAUUCCUUUAUCACAUACUUGACAACGAUGCACCCCGUUAAAGUCAUAAACAAGGAUCAAUGGUCGAACUGGCUUGAAUUCAGCAAAACGAUUAAAGGCGACCUGUCUGGUUACGACUCGUCAAGUGCCUGGCCUACUCUCAUUGACAAUUAUGUGGAAUGGUACAAAGAACAACCAGAACAAGAAGUCACCAUCAUCGACGAUUAG